UGAACGUGAAUACGAGCGGAAGUAAAUACUCGAACACGAAAUAGUACCUAAACGUGGAUGCCACUUUAUUUUAACAGAUUAAAAAGCAGCCACAAAUUACGACGUGGAUUGGUUAAACGUUAAAAAUAAUAAACUCUAUAUUUCUUUGCAUUUUAACAGUAAGUUCGUUGGUCCAGAAAUUGUUUUCUGUUGCGCGUUCAGGGCCUGGAAAGACACAUGCUAAGACAACUAGCCUAUCGGACGUUAUCGCGAUAAGUAACCUCGAUUCAGCAAGCCUCAACUCGGGCCGUGGUGGAGGGAAAGUUCAGGUGGAUUGAAGAUGAUAAUUGAUAACAUCGAUGCUUUGAAAACAUGGCUGUCUGAAACCCUGGAGCCCAUUUGUGAUGCUGACCCUUCUGCUCUCGCAAAAUAUGUUGUUGCUUUGGUGAAGAAGGACAAAAGUGAAAAGGAACUCAAAGCCUUGUGUAUUGACCAGUUGGAUGUUUUUCUGCAAAAAGAGACCCAGCUGUUUGUGGAUAAGCUCUUCGAAGCCAUCAACCACAAGAGCUACCUCCCAUUGCUGGAGCAACCGCAGGCCAAAGUUGAGAAGGAAGAGCAGAAGAAAGAGGAGGUACAAGCAAAUCGUGAAGAAGAAAAAGAAAAGAAGUUUCCUCGGCGAGUGAAUCAUAGCCCUCUUCAGUCAAGCUCUCGCUACAGUAGAGAUGGCAGGCGAGGCGAUGACCGUAAGAGAGAUGAUCGCUCCAGGAAGAGAGAUUAUGACCGCAUGCCACCAAGGAGGGACUCUUACCGUGACCGCUACAACCGCAGAAGAGGCCGCAGUUACAGUCCGAGCCGAAGUCGCAGUCGAAGUUGGAGCAAAGAGUGCAUCCGAGACCGUGACAGAGAGAGGGACAGAGAGCGGGACAGAGACAGAGAUCGAGACCGCAGUAGGAGCCGGUCUCUAAGCAGAACUCGGUCCCGGAGCAGGAGUCGAGACAGAGAUUCAGGGAAGCUCAAGCAUGACCAUGACCGAGCUGACAGGUCAGAGACCGGUGACGUCUUCACCCCAGCAGUGCUCGUUUCUACUGCAACACCUUCCCACUUCCCCAAUCCAACGGUGAGCAGCACCAUUACAGUCAUCGCCCCGACUCAUCACCAUAGCACCACCAAUGAGAGCUGGUCAGACUUUCAUCCCGAUCCCCCUGUGGAUCGUGGCCCUUUUAAUCGUGGACCACCACCUCAACAGAGAAAGAGAUGCCGCGACUAUGACGAAAAGGGCUUCUGCAUGCGAGGGGACAUGUGCCCUUUUGAUCAUGGGAGUGAUCCAGUUGUUGUGGAGGAUGUCAAUCUGCCUAGUAUAUUACCCUUCCAGCCUCCACCAAUCCCAGGCGUGGACCAACCACCACCGCCAGGCCUUCCACCUCCACCACCACUAUUGAAUCCCCCACCUGUAAACCUUCGACCCCCUGUGCCCCCACCAGGCACCCUUCCACCCAGUCUUCCACCUGUUGCAGGUCCCCCUCCACCACUUCCUCCAUUACAACCUGCAGUCAUGGAUGCUCCUCCCAUUUCCAUCACCAGUUCUGUUCCCACCAUCGUCACCUCUGGGAUGCGUUCAUCCCUCCUUCAAGCCUCAGCGCCACUUUUUACCUCUGAUCGUUAUGACACGGACGUGUACAAUCCUGAAGCUCCCAGUAUCACCAAUAUAUCCAGGCCGAUAUACCGCCACCGGGUCAAUGCCCAAAGACCCAACCUGAUUGGCCUCACAAUGGGGGAGGUGGACCAGCCGUUGAGAGACAAGAUUCCCAACAACAGUAUGAGAAUUGUAAUGGAAUCUGACUCGAGGAAGAGACCCGCUGCGUCUCACGACGGAGGCCUGUCAUGCAAGAAACCUUGGAUCAACAAACCCAGCUUCAACAAACCGAACCACCAGGACUACCACAGUAGACCUCCGUUCUCUCUAAAUGCCAAGCUGCUUGUUCGGCAAAUUCCUCCCGAGCUCAACAACAUCAGCAAGCUCAACGAGCAUUUCAGCAAGUUUGGCACCAUUGUCAACCUGCAGGUGGCCUAUCAAAAUGACCCAGAGGGAGCUCUGAUACAGUUUACCUCCCCUGAAGAGGCCAAACGAGCUAUGCAAAGCACAGAAGCUGUUCUCAACAACCGCUUCAUCAAGGUCCACUGGUUUCGUGAUAACAUGGGUGACGGAUCGGGUCAGUCUCGGUCGCAGCAGCUUCAUCCACAGCCACAAUCAGCCAUGUUGCAGCCAUCAGUCGCACCUCUCAAGCAGUCUGUGAAGGAUCGGCUCGGGCCUCUAAUGCCUGCAAACUCAGAGCCCACUCAAGAUUCCAGCGUAGCCUCUCAGAAUACCUCUAAAGUCUCGGUUAAAGAUCGUUUAGGUUUCUCUCCAAAACCUGCUGCUGUUGAAAAAGUGUUUUCAACAUCGACCGGGAUCACAAAGACGGUAUACAACCCCGCUGCUCUGAAGUCUGUCCAGAGGGCCUCGGAGGAAGCUCUGAAGAAGAAGCAGGAGGCCCUAAAACUACAGCAGGAUGUGAGGAAGAAGAAGCAGGAGAUAUUGGAGAAGCACAUUGAGACACAGAAGCUCUUGAUUUGUAAACUUGAGAAGAACAAAGCAAUGAAGGCAGAAGAUAAAGCCAAGAUUAUGGAAACUUUGGGCACGUUAACUAAAAGCAUCACUAAACUGCAAGAAGAGAUAAAGGGACUCUCCAGCUGCAGCAACCUUCUACGGACUGCCAAGAGCAAAGCUCAGGCACAGAAGGAACUGCUGGAUGCAGAGCUAGAUCUGUAUCAGAAGACUCAGGCUGGAGAGGACACCGCUUUGUUGAGGAUCAAGUACACUCAGCUUCAAAUUGAGGCGGCUAAAAGGGGAAUUCUUUCACCGGGACGAGGCCGGGGCGUCCACUCCCGAGGACGCGGCGCUGUCAGGACACGGGGAAGGGGAUCCAGAGGUCGUGGAAGGGGUGUUCCACUGCAUGCAGUUGUGGACCAUCGACCUCGAGCGCUGGACAUUUCUAGUUUUACUGAUGCAGACCGUGUGGACUUACUUCCACACUUUGCUCAAUUUGGAGAGAUUGAGGAUUGCCAGAUUGAUGAAAACAAACUUUCUGCAGUCAUCACCUACAAGACAAGAGCGGAGGCCGAGCAGGCAGGUCUUCACGGAGUGAGAUUUAACAACCAGACUUUACGCCUGGCCUGGCAUAAGCCUGCCACAACCCUCAGUACAGUAGAUGCUGAAGAAAAGGAACCAGUGGAAGAUGAGUACCCAGAGGAGUCGCUGAGUGACGAUGCAUUACUGCAAGAUGACGAUGAAGAGGAAGACGACAAUGAGCCUCGUCCCUGGCGCAGAUGAAGCUUCCUCAGAUGCUCCAUUGUGGUUUCACCGGUGUGGACGAAGAGCAACAAUCCAGCAUCUUUCAGUGCUUGUUCAGAAAUUAAAAAGGCACAUUUUACUUUGGCUAGACCGUUUCCCCCUAACACAUAGCUGACUAGCUGACUUUGUGCAGUAUGAUUUUAAAAUGUAAACCAGAUAAAACAGUGCUGAUUUUUAUUUUUUUUUAAGGCUCUUACUGUAGAUUAUUUUUUGGGUUCUCAAAAUGCAUUGUUAAAUCUGGCCACUCAGAGACAAUAGUUGAGUGCUCAAUUAAAACAAACGUGUUGUGAUUUAACUCUAACAAAUAGUAGCUUUUUUUUUGCUGAACAGUAUUGAGUUGCUUCUGUGUAAAUAUUUUAUGUCCUGGUUUGUAAUUUGUAUGAAAGCUUGUCUGCUCCUUUCUUGGCUUUACUUUGGAUUGUACAAAAAAAAAAUAAAGAAAUUGAAAUGGUCUGAAAACAACCUGCCAGAAACAAACAAAAAAAAAAAAAACACAAAAAAGAAGAGAAGCUGGCAGUGUAAAGAAAGUAUGCUCCACAAAAAAGAGCAGAAAAAAUACCAAAGACCAUUUCAAAAAAACAAAAAAAACCUUCCUCUUCACCUUAAGAGCAAACUUCCUAAAAUGAUUCCUUCAAUGGGAAACUUAACACCUUUGGACUGGUAAGGUAAUCAAGUUGUCCUUUCAUGCAAAGGUAAGAACAUAUUAAUAAAAUGGUUCCUAUAUGUGUUCUAUAUGCACUAAUUAAGGUAUUUUUUCCUUUUUUCAGAGUCCUCAGGGUUUCCAGCCAUAGAGCUCUGGUCCAAAGGCUUCAGCUUGUUUCAUAUUUAGUCUUGUAUAUAGUGUGUCUCAAUCUGUUUUAUUGUAAAAUCUGUAAUGGAAAUAACAUUUUUGGUAAGAAAUGUAAAAUGUUUACUGUGUGGUAAGUUGCCUACAGGGUUUGAUGGAACCAUUGUUACAUACUGCACAGUUCUAUUAUAGAAGUUUGUCGAGAUAAGCAUCUAUAAAAGGUGGUGAACUGGG